GCAGUAUGUUUAUGUCAAAAUAGUGUAAAAACGGCCGCGAAAAAUGGCGACCAAACAAAUUUCUCUGUCAAAGCUCUUUCCGCCUUUUGACAAUUGCUAAGGCAAAAUGGCAGUACGCUACGAACUCUGUGUCGGUCUCAACAAGGGCCACAAGACCACCAAAGUUAAGAAUGUCAAAUACACCGGUACCAAGAAAGUCAAGGGCUUGCGUGGUGCCCGUUUGAAGAACAUUCAAACUCGCCACACCAAAUUCAUGCGCGAUUUGGUCCGUGAAGUCGUUGGUCAUGCUCCCUAUGAGAAGAGAACCAUGGAAUUGUUGAAGGUUUCCAAGGAUAAGCGUGCUUUGAAAUUCUUGAAACGCCGUUUGGGCACACACAUCCGUGCCAAGAGGAAGCGUGAAGAAUUGUCCAACAUUCUCACUCAAAUGAGAAAGGCUCAAACCCAUGCCAAGUAAACAAUAGAUUUCCUGGUGUGUGUAUAAAAACUGAGUCUGUCUUUGUUAUGUGCUUAGUGUAUUUUAACACUAUUCUUAAAAUUUUACUUGGACAGUAGUGAUAAAAUGAAUGAAAAAAGAAAUAAAAAAUACAAAAAAAAAAACAAUAUUUUGGUGUAUUCAGUGUGCAAAUAUUUACAUGAAA